AUACCACAGUACAAAACUGGUUCGACGCAAAAAAACCUAUUUUGAUUAUGUCAUAGAUCCAAGACCAUACUUAAAGAACGAGAAUGGUAUUGUCAUCUAUGAAUAUGAAUCACAGAUAACAAACCCAACCUACAAAUUAAAUUCAAAUUAAACCAUUUAAAUUGAAUCGGUAUGACUUGAUAAAUUUGGAAAUAUUAUGAAUCGUAGUAAGUUGACACCUUGUAGAAAAGUAGGUUUAUCCAGAAAAAGGAAUACUCCCCUGAAAACCGUUGAAAGUUUGCUCAUUGACGAUGUCGAUAAAGCAUCAAGUACCCCUAAAACAGAGAAAACUACCGAUCUAAAACCAUUAUUGAAAACCGAAAUAAAUAAUGAUAGUCCAUGUAGACAAGUUGGCCUUUCUCGAAAAAGAAAAACUUCGACCCCUGUGGACGAUUUCAAAUUAAAAAAGAAUUUAUCAACUCCAUCAAAUGGCAAAGUAAUAAAAACUAAAAAUAUUAAAAUUAAGGAAGAUAAAAAUCAUGUUGAUACUCCAUUAGAUUGCUCAUCAGAAAACAAAGAAAUCCCUGUGAUAAAUACUGAAAUUACUCAAGGUCCCAAAUCACAAGAAGAUAGUCAUGUUAGUUGUGCCAAGAAAUUAUCGAAACUUUUUUCCUCCCCUUCAGGUGCCAAAACAAAACAUAAAACAAAAAAAUUGGCAGAUACCGAGUCCUUUGUAGAAAACAAAAGAAGUGAAAAUAAUAUAGAAAAAGAUAGUUGUAGCAAUAAUAUUUCUGCGAAAUUUGAAAUAAUUAAUACUACAAAAGAUGUUGAGACUAAAGAGGAUCUAAAUAAAUUUUCUAUUAAAAAUGGAGAAAAAGAAAAUCUACAUGAUAUUAAUUCAGAAGAUCACAGGACUAGUAUAAUUACCAGCAGUGAAAAAUCCUUACAAAAUAAUACCAAUAUAGUAAAUACCACUAUUAAUAAACAAAACCAAUCUAAUUUUAUUAAAGUAUGUUAUUCUAACGAAAAAGAAAAUAAAACACAUCAGGAUGAAAUUUUGAAGGAUAGAAAAAUUAAAGAACAAAAAACAUAUUGCGAACUAUCAGAAGAUGAUGAUGAUUUUGAGUUUCUUCCAAAAAAAAGGAAACCAAAAAAGUUGUUGGAACGAAGUAAAACAGAGGUAGGAAAGAAAGCAAAGAAAUCAAAAAAUGAACUGAAAAAAUCUCUAUCUGUUGGAGAUUCUAGAUCAAGAACUCUUACAGAGAGCACCAUAACCAGCCACACAUCCAGUUUAAAUUCACUAAAUGAUUGUUUUGUGAAGUUGGAAAAAUUUAAAGAAUCCACAAAUAAACACAAUACAUGUCUCACACCUCAAGAACAAAGUGAUGACGACUUUGAAGUAAUUACUUGUACACCUAAAGAAAUCAAAAUAAAAAAUUUAGACAUGUUGGAGAAGGAAGUUGAGGAGAAAAGGCAGAUAUUAGAAGAUUUGAAGAGAGCUAAAAUGCUUAAAAGAAUGCAUAGUACUGAAGAUUUGAAGAUGUUAACUUCUAGAUGGAAACAUGGAUGUGUAAAUGCUCUCCAAGACCUUUUGAAGCAACUAAAUAUGCAUGCAUUUAUGGACAUGGAGACAUUGCUGAAAAAAUUGAAUAUUCCUGAAGAUUUCAUUCCAUCAAGUCAAUAAUUUUUUUCAUAAUGUACAGAAUUAAAUGUAGGAUGAAUUUUUUUUAUCUUCUCCUUUAGCUCUUCAUGAAGAGCAUGCCUUAGUUCAAGAAAAAAAUAUUUGUGCUUAUUGUAAAUAUUCAUAAGGAAUUAAAAUCUGUUAACUUUUUUACUUCAACUUAGGAUUUUUCCACUCGGAGAAAAGUCAAAAAAUGUUUGAUGUUUUAUUAAAUUCUAGUCUAGUUUGUUUUAUAUAUCGAAUUCAUAAAAUAUGAAAAUUAUAAGAAAAUAAAUAAUUAUGAACAAGUA